AUGUCGAGUGCGGAUUAUGGUGAGCGUGGGGGAACCGCAGCUUCAACUGGUGCGCGCGCAGCCUCCGCCGUCCACUCCCCGGCCGACCACUCUGAUCACUCUUCUGGACCUGGACCGCAGCCGUCUUCGAGUCUUGACGACACAGCUUCGUCGACCUGGUCAAGUAGUCUAGAGUCCAACACGACGGCCAACACUGCGUCCACCAGCCAGUCGCCCGCAAACCUGUCCUCGACGGCCACGUCCAACCUCAGUGCCCAUCUUUCUCAACCUCUCAAGUCAACACACCCCAACCUCGGUUCCAAUCUGGAUCUCUCCACCGCGGACACGCUCGCUCGAAAUGAGUUGCUGCUGCGGGACGCCGUCUUCCCCGAGUGGAAGGACGACACCAGUCCCUCCGACGUCGAGAACCCGGAGGAGAUGCAGAAGAAGGAUCCUCUAGGGACCCAGAUAUGGAAGUUAUACAGUCGCACAAAGUCUCGACUGCCGAACCAGGAGCGCAUGGAGAACCUCACCUGGAGGAUGAUGGCCAUGAACUUGCGCCGUCGCGAGCAGCAGCAAGCAGCUGAAAAGCAGGCACAACUCAAGCGUCAGGCGACGCAAUCGUCCGCGCCCAGCGGCAUUGCUCAGCAGCUCCGCAAGUCAAUCGACAAGGGCAUGGAACAUGGGCAGUCGUCAGAUCCCAUGAACCUUGACGACUUCAUCGUCCCAAGCUCGGUUGCCUCGCCAGCAGGGGGAAUGACUCCCGCCACAGCAGAGCCACCGGCACAGCCAAAGACCACGCCAGCAUCUGGUGUACCCAUCGUUACACGCGGCAAGCCACAGGUGCAUAUUCCCAAAAAUCUGCCACCCUCGUCGCUGCCCCAGACAUCGAUACCUACACAUCGAACGUCGGAGUUCGACUACGUCCGAAAAAGAGUUCGGAAGACGAGCAUUGACGAGAGGAGAGGAGGAAACCGAAAGCGCCCAGCGGACUUUUCUCCUCAGGUGCCUCCUCUGCCUGGCCCAAAUGCUGGAAACGGCACUGAGAUGGACACCGGUGUACCUGAUUACGCACUGGAUCAGACAACGGCGCCACAAUUCUCGGGACAAACCAGCUUUCAAAACCCAAUGUCUCUGCAGCUGGACUCGUUCAACCUUCAAGAGGACCCCAUUCUGACGUCUGCCGGUCCUUUCCAGCAAAAUUUCGCCUUCUCGCCUGCGGCUUCGCCCAUGGUCAGCAGCGGACCCUUUACGAAUGGAUACCUCCAGUCAUCCAUCCCCUCGUCUCUCAACUCUGCCGACUUCUACUCGCCUCCCCAGUCCGGCUACCCGUCGGCUGUGUCGACACCCCAACCGGGUCACGACGGUGAUGGAUCCUUUUAUUUUGAUCAAAGUGGUCACACCCGUACCAUGCCCUUCUAUCCAGCCCACCGAGCGACGCAUCUGAUGGCGCCUUCCGCUCCGCAGUUUGGCUAUGGCUCCAGUAACGAGCAGGUCUACUCCCUGAUGAACGGUGUCGGCUCAGCCCCGGCUGCCAGCGGGUUUUCUCUCCAACAACACGUCGACCCGUCCAGGGUCCUUGUUCCCGAGUAUGGACGGCGGAUUUCGCCUGGGAUUUCUGUGACCGGCAAUGACAAUUUGUUCCAGUUUGGCGCCGACUCGGACGGCGAGGACGACGACACCAAUUUUGCCAUGAUCCAGUCCGAGUACGGUCAGUUGAACGAUCCGGCGCUGGACUUGAAUUCGGGGUUGCACUGGGACGCGAGCGUGACCGAUUAUAGCCACGUGCAGCGGUUUGGUGGUCCUGGAAAACAAGUGAGGAUUGGCGGAACGGAAAUGGUGAAUUCACCGCCCGACUGGGGCUCCUCGCUCCUCAGCCGAACACAUGGCUCGGCUGCAUCGAUCAGCGACAUCCGCAAUCGAGACCAAGAUCCACGGAGGCAGAAGAUACCGAGGACGACUUCGACGCCCGCCUUGACGAACCAGCAUAUGCAGUCUACGGUUAGUUCACCUGGAGAAUCCGGCUUUAGCAGUCGACAACCGUCCAGGCCCGGCAGCCCCGGGCCUAAGAAUACAGACCAGAACGGAGUGCCGACAACAUGUACAAAUUGUUUUACCCAAACCACGCCUCUGUGGCGACGGAAUCCAGAAGGCCAUCCUCUAUGCAACGCGUGCGGGUUAUUCCUCAAACUCCACGGCGUGGUGCGUCCACUGUCCCUUAAAACGGAUGUCAUCAAGAAACGCAAUCGUGGAAGUGGGACAACUGUGCCCAUGGGCCCCGCAGCCACACGAGCCUCCAAAAAGGCUUCUCGCAAAAACUCGGUCCAGCAGACACCGGUGACUACACCGACAUCUGGCAAUGCCAAUAGCGAGCAGAACUCGGCGUCUCCGGCUUCGGUGCAGGGAUCCGCCCAUUCCGGUUCCGCGGUCACCACGCCCACGAGCUACCCACCUGGCAUCACGGGAGGGAAACCCGGGGUCGUACCGAUUGCUGCGGCUCCUCCCAAACCCCCUGUGCAACCAGGUCCGAAUAUGGCUCGACCAGUCCAAGUGACGCCGAAACGUCAGAGACGUCAAUCCCGAGCUUCGACCAACACGCUACCGGUCAUGGGAGGGAGUAUGGCGGCGAAUGAGACAGAAAUGCAGGAUGCGGGCCAGCCCACACCGAAAAUCGCCCAAGCACCAGUGACUCGGUCCAAGGCAGCCAGUAUUUCCUCGACAGCUGGGGCCACCACUAUGGCCUCGGUCAUGCAAGGUGGCUUGCUCAACAGCGGUGUCCACAGCAUGACUGGAAGUGCGCACGGAAACAGCCAGGAGUGGGAAUGGCUUACCAUGAGCCUGUGA